AGCCGUUAUCGCCUUCCAUCGGCCCUGCAAACAUGCUCAUCUCCUUUGCCCGUCAUGAGCGCUUCAUCACACGCUUGCCUCACGUCCCGAACGCCCCACGCCGAGCGCCCGCCUUUACGUAGCGACCGUCACCCACUCCUCCACAAGCAGCCGCCUCUCCACGACGAGCAGCAGCAGCCUCAGCCGCCCUUUCACGUCCACCCGCCUCCCUUACCUGACGAUCAAUCGCCCUUCUCCAACGAAGACUUCCUUGAACGGCGGGCUCUCGAGGGUGAGCCCAGCUGUGCUAGGAAGGACUUUCUUAAACCGCGACUCCGAUAUUGCCCAUUUGCCCAGCAGCUUCAAUGGCACGCGUACGUCGGUCAUGGCACGGACGGAAUGGUUUGGAAGGCUUUCCACAACAACGAGCCCUAUGCAGUGAAGGUGUUCUGGGAAGCCAAACGGAACGACCCCCAAUUAUAUUAUUGGGCACCCGAGAUCGAGUGCCAGAACGCUGCACUGCUCGAAAAGAUUCGAAGCUGCUCUCAGCAUGGUCGGAUCCUCCCGCAUGGGAACCCAGCAACACGAGAACAAGCACUAGAGAACCUACUCGCCUUUUCAGACGAUGUACAACAACAGCAGCGAUUACGAGACUUAGCUACACCAUCCACUUUUACGAUAGAGAAUUGUCCCAGGCUUCGACGAUGCUACGGCUGGACAAUAGUUACCUCUAGAUGUUCCGUCCAAGUCGAGCUCGACGACGGCAAGAAGAAGGUGCGGACACUCGUGCCGUCUAUGCAAUACUUGGCCAUUGUGUACGAAUACAUCGAAGAAAGUACCAUGAGUCAAGACCAGGACAAGGCUAAAAGGCAGCGCGAGGUACAAAUUCAGCUAGAUUUUCUAUGGACGGUUGGUUUCUCAUUUCGUCUCCCGCUCCGUGAGGUAGAUUGGUGUGGUGGCGUUAUGUUGGACAUGUCCGUCCUCAUUCCUCCCUGGCACAAACGACAUUCUAAGAGACGCAGCCGGCCCCAGGUAGAGAAAAUGGAGGAAGUGCGCACGGUUGAGACACUUCGAAGGCAUGGCUCUUUAGAAAAGGGCAUCAUACGCGUCAAGCGGGAUAUACAACUGCAAUCAAGACUUCUGGGAGCGCGAAAGGAGCGUCGUGCUCAUCGCUUGACUCCCUCGGCGGGUAGAUGAUUUGGAUCAAAUAGCAGGCUCUGUCCAAUGGCGUCUCUGUCUAUUGAGAGCCAUAACUCGGGCAAAUGUUCACUACGAUUUACCAAUUCUCCGUCCGCUGUCUCCAAAUGUAGCUCAUUGUCUGGUACCUAGCCCAGAUCAUACAUGACGUCUGAGUGUCCAACGCUUCGCCCGCAAGUGUUCCUACAUACCUUUCCACACAUCACUGAGCGG